AUGCGCAUCUCCAGCAUGAGAAUUCGAGAUUUGGGAUACGCCCCCGGCCAGCUCCAGCCUGGUCCUCAAAAUUCUAUCCUUGAUGUCAAAGGGGUGCGAGUCGGACAAACUACCAUACAUGAAGGUCGCGACACGCAUACGGGUGUCACCGUGAUAUUACCGCGAGGUCCAGACGAGAUCCGCCAAAAGCCUUGCUAUGCAGCAAUUCAUAAACUCAAUGGAAUGGGAGAAAUGACUGGGGCGCACCAGAUCGAGGAGAUUGGGACAUUCAACACCCCAAUCGCAUUAACGAACUCAAUCAGCGUAGGCAAGGUCUACGAUGCCGUUUAUAGCUGGCUUUUUGAUCUCGCGAAACAGAAUGAAGAAAGUUUCGAAGAGACCUUUCGAAAUAUCGGAAUCCCCGUUGUCGCGGAGACACUUGACUGUAUUUUGAACGACGUGACGAAGUCAGCCGUUGAAAAGCAUCAUGUUUACGAGGCAAUCGACUCAGCACUGUCCAAUCCACCGCCUCCGGUUUUAGAGGGCUCUCAUGGUGGUGGUACAGGAAUGCGGUGUCACGGAUAUAAAGGAGGAACAGGAACAUCUUCUCGGAUUGUUCCAGGAAGGAGUAAGGAAGAGACCUUCACCGUCGGAGUCUUGGUUCAAGCAAACUAUGGCUGGCAAAAAGAUCUCCAAAUUGGAGGAGUGCCAGUCGGGCGAAUCUUGUCGCAGAAACUGCCCACGAAACCCGUCUCUAGUAAAAUGGGAGAAGGGAGCAUCAUUAUUGUCAUUAUAACUGAUGCCCCCCUUCUUCCGCAUCAAUUGAAACGCCUCGCCCAAAGAGCAACUCUUGGUUUGUCUCAAGUAGCCGGACAUGGCGCGGGUAGAACUUAUUCAGGGGAUAUCUUCCUGGCCCUCUCAACAGGUAACGUUGUUGACGAUGAGCUAGAGACAGGGAUGCCAGGAUAUCUUCCGACAGUCGAGACAUUCCCAACCAAGUCAGUCAAAAAUGAAUGCAUUGACGGUUUGUUUUAUGCAGCAGCGGAGGCAACGGAGGAGGCCAUUCUCAAUGCUUUGGUUGCUGCUAAAGAUGGACUUACUGGUUUUAUGGGACACAGGGCUGAAGGCUUGCCGGUUGAUCGUGUCAAGGAAUUACUGGAGCAGUAUCAUGUAAAAACAUAG